AGUUUUACUCGCGAGGAGAAGAGUCCACAAUCAGUCUGACGUGCAGCGUACGAAGUGAAGGAGCACCAUCUCAGCCCACUAACUAAGCUUUUUGGCAGUUCUAUCUGUGCAUGAUGAGCUCUUCCUCCGGCUCGGUGCAGUCCAUGUCUCCGCCGAAUCUUUCUCCGCAGAGGAACGUGAUCCAGAUCACCGCCGAGCAGUGGGACGCUCUGGAGGCGCAAUUCGCCAAAGUCAAGAACCCGCACCCGACCGACUUGGUGCUUCUCGCAGCUGAAAUCGGACUUGACGAGAACGACGUCCAGGCUUGGUACACCCAAAGGAUUGCUGCCUGGCGGAGGUCGCAGGGCCUCAGUCCGUUCUCCGGCAGAGUCGACUAAAAACCGCAUAACCAAUUAUUUACUUCUCAGUGUAAUAUUCUCCCCAAAACGUCAUUAACGGAACUAUAAGAAAUUAUUUUAACUGUUGGCAUAAGCAGCUGUCCGUUCCAUUUUUCCAAAAUGUGAUGUCUCGCCGUGCACUUUUUGUGUGCUUAUUUAUACGAGAGCAAAUCAAAACACGUUAGCUGUAAAUUUAUAUAUCAAAACACGUGCGAGAUGAAUGGCAAGAAAAAAAGUAGCUUUUUUUGGACAGCUGCCAGGAUUUGUGUCAAUCGGCAGCAGAUUGCUAACUAAUUUGAGAAGGAGCGACUCAUCGUCUUUGUAUUUCACAUACAAUUUUUUUUAACUUUAGGACCAACUAUUCUUCUUGUCAGGCAGUUAAUUGACUUUGAAAAUAUUUGUUAUUCUAUGAUGUAUUAAUUAUUUGCAUCGCAUAUUGUUUGUACCUGAAGUCAAUUUUGAUGAAUUAAUUGUAUAGCUAAAAAUGUGUAAUGUAUACCCCAAUGUAACUUUAUACUUUCCCUAUAUGUACUCUAUCAAUUUUAAUUAAUUAAUAUAUACAGAAAACACCAAAGGCAGCAACUAUACACGUGAACUCUAUGACAGUUAUAUAAUUAAUUCUCGUUAAUUUAUUUUCUUACUUAAUUACUUCACGUCUUUUCCUUAAAAACGCAAUAAAUAAAAGUCACUUGUAUAUCCAAAGUAAUUAAUUAAAUUAAAUAAUAAAAAUACUUAGAUUAUCGAA